UCAUCGCAGGGUGGGAAGCCAUGCUCUCCGUGUGCGGGUGUGCCUGAGAGCCGUGUCCCUCUCUCCUGAGACCUGAGGGCAGGCGGAGGAUGGAGAAGGACGCCGCAGCCACGCACAGGAGGCACCGGCCGGGCCCCGGGGCACCUCCCUUGGGGGCGAAGGCUACCAGUGAGGUGGCUGAGCUCCAGAGGAGCAGGAGUGUGGGCGGCCUGCUCCAGAAGGGGGACCCUCCGAGCUGCAUCAAGAAGCUGUGCAGGGAGCCAGAGUCCGAAGAUCAGGGAAAGGACCUAAAAAGUGAGCCCGAAGAUGCCAGCUGCCGCGCAGACAGAAGGGAGCACAGGCGGGAGAAGAGCCAGGACGCCCUCGGAAGGUCGGCCCUCCAGAGUGAAGAGGUGGAGCCAGAGGUGGCGGAGAGCCGCUUGGAGGGUCGGGAGCCAGAGUCCAUACAGCUGGAGGACCUUCUUGAGGAGGAGAAACCAUCUGUGUUUGUGGAGAUUGAUCUGGGAGACCAUGCCGAUGAGGUGGUCACAUGUGCCGUGAGAGAGAAGCGGUCCCAGAUGGACGUGGGAGAUUUGUCAGAAGAUGAGACCAGGACCGGCUGGGUGUGCUGCAUCCCGUACUCCACCAGGAAGAAAGUGAAGCAGAGCGUGUAGCAGCCCUGGAGAAGACCGAGGGACGAGGGACGCAGAGAAGCAGCCCCGAGAAACACCAUGCGAACCUGUGGCAGGGGUGCCAACAACCAUCCCAGGUGUGACUCACAGACCCGCUGGGUGAGCAAUGAUGCCAUCGUUUAAAAAGACACAAUAAAGAGUGAACAGAAGAUGUUCUCCUCUCCUCUCUCCCCUCGAG